CGGAUCCCACACUUGCGGCAGUGGAUGCCCGCGUGACGUCCAUGAGUCAGGCGUUAGUUCAGAUGCAGCAAGAUCUGGAGACUAGGUUUUCUCGGUUAGAGGCCACGAUCCUCUCGAACCGCUCCAUACUUGGUCCUCCACCAGGGGGUCACGGUUCGGCGUCGGGUUCUGGGGGAGAAGCCGGUACGGGUGGGCGGACGCCAGGAUACACCCCAAAACCGAAACUGGAAUCUCCCAAAUGUGACGGCAAGGAUCCAGUUCGUUGGCUUUAUAAGGCGGAAGAAUAUUUCAAGUUUUAUGACACACCGCCCGACGAUCGUUUGAAAUGUGUGGCUUUGAUGUUGGAGGGUCCCGCGGCCGACUGGUUCCGUUGGCGUAUGAAUGCCGGUUUGAUCGACGAUUGGCAUGACUUCAUCCGUAAGUUUAAGCUUCGGUUUGAUCCCCUUCACUUUGUGGAUUAUAUUGGGCAGUUGGCAAAACUCCGGCAAACGACGGGCGUUAUGGAGUAUCAAACAGAGUUCGAGCGGAUUUUACAACACGUCACGGGGGCCAGUGAGGAGACACUUAUAUCCUUAUUCCACGCAGGGUUAAAACAACAUUUGCAGCAUGAAAUUUGCCUAUUGAAACCCACAUCGCUGUCCGAUUCUUUUGCUCUCGCUCAUGAAUUAGAGGCCAAACAUGCAGCCCUUGUUACCUCGGUCUCUCAACGCCAACUUCUGUGGAACCGCUCUGGUUCUGGAGGCAUUCGAGCAUUGCCUUCAACCCUGGGGGUCCCUUCAGGCUUGGGGAAACCUGCGCCAGAGAGUACUCCAGCAACUGGGCCGAUUAAACGUCUCUCGCGGGCAGAAAAGUUGGAGAAAGAUGCUAAAGGCCUAUGCUAUAAUUGUGAUCAAAAGUGGUCCAGAGACCAUAAAUGCGGCCGUUUUUUUAUUCUUAUGGGCGACGAGGAGGACGAUCAACCAUUGGUGGAGGUUCCCGAUGAGACAGUGGUGGCAGCCGAUAUCUCUAGCUUGCAUAGCCUAAUGGGGGUUUCAUCUCCACGCUCUCUUCGGUUGCAAGGCCGUGUUGGGAAGCAUGAGGUUCAGGUAUUGAUUGACGGCAGAAGCACUCAUAAUUUUGUUCACCCCGACCUCGUCUCCAAAGCGCAAUUACCCGUGUCUGCUAUGCCUCCGUUUCGAGUUUAUGUGGGAAACGGCGAUUACCUUUUAUGCGAUAAACAAUGCGUUGGUGUUGAUCUCGAGUUGCAAGGGACGGUAUUUACGGUGGAUUUAUUUGUUCUGUUCGUUCAUGGCCACGAUCUUGUUUUGGGCGUGCAGUGGUUACAACAAUUAGGACGGGUCACUCACGAUUAUGCGGCGUUAACCAUGGAAUUUCUUUGGCAGGAGAAACCAGUGAGGCUGCAAGGGGGUAGUCCGGAGCUUCGCAGAGUGUCUCUAAAUUCCCUCCAUGCCUUAAGGACCUCUGCCAAAGUCACUGAGUGGUUCGAACUCCAGUUCUUGGGGGAAAUUGGCCAAUUGAACACUCUCGACUCCGUGCCGGGCACGCCUUCGUCGUCCCCAACCACAGUUUGCCCGACGGCUAUUGAGCAAAAUCCAUCAGCCAGGGCAAUACCACAGAACCUGACCUCCGCCGCCUACACGAAGAGCAUGCCAGAGGUGGCUUACUCUCACCUUAUUCUGUGCGAGAUGGCCUACUCUAUUAUCAGCAUCGUUUAUGCAUUGGAGCAAAUUCACCCCUACGGGAAGUCCUUAUUCGUGAGCAUCAUGACACUCCUAUGGCGGGACAUGGGGCCACCCUCGUUCCUCCCUUAUACACCAGGGGAGAGUUCCCUGCCUUCGAUCGACUCCUUACUUACGGAACGGACAGAGCUUUUACGGACCUUACGUUCUAAUCUCGAGAGGGCACAACAGCGGAUGCGUGAGAUGGCUAACAAAAAACGUCGUGAGUUAAGUUUUGCCGUGGGGGAUUGGGUUUUGUUGAAGUUACAGCCGUACCGGCAGGUUUCGGUUCAUCGCCGCUCUUCUCACAAAUUAUCUCGUCGCUAUUAUGGUCCCUUCGAGGUGGCGGCCAGAAUUGGGGAGACUGCCUAUCGCCUGGUGCUCCCGGAUCAUGCCCGAAUUCAUCCUGUAUUUCAUGUAUCCCUCCUCAAACCUUACAAGGGACCCCGGACGCCGGCAGCCGUAGCAACCCUGCCGAGCGACUACGUGGAUGGUCGCCCUGUGUCGCAGCCUCUGCGUGUGCUGGAUUAUCGAACUAUCCUGGUGGAUGGUGGCUUGGAGCAGCAAGCACUUGUGGAAUGGACGGAGGGUGGCGUGACUGAAGCUACGUGGGAAUCCGUGGAUGAGCUACGCCGGUGCUAUCCCCUUCUCCACCUUGCGGACAAGGUGGUUGUCCAACCGGGGGGGAUGUUGUGAAUAAUAAUGGGGGGACGGAGAACCAACAUGGGGACCGUGACAUGCAGGACAUGCAACGUGGGGAUGACCCUCCGGUGGUUCGCCGAGGAACGAGAACUAGACGACCUCUGAGAUGGCGUGAUGAUUUCGUCUCUUAAUGCAUUCUUUUAUUGAGAGGAUUAUUAAUUAUUAUUAUUAUUAUUAGCUUUUGGGAACAACUUUAUUUAUUGUAAUAGUUAGGGUGUCGAGUGGAAAUAUAAGCUCCUUUCCGGG